AAAUGAUGCCGUCAUAAUCAAUACGCGAUAUUCAAAAUGCUACGUGCACUGUCGGUACCUUAAAAUAAAUAUUGCAAUACCUACCUCGAGUGGAUUCAUUGUAAAAAAGAAAAAAAAAAAAGUCAUCCUACAUUUUUCUACGUCAUCCCCGCUCUACCAGAGAUCCUUACUAUCCCUUAACUAAUACCGAAGACAAAAUCGAAAGGUUCGUAUACACGUAUAGUUCUCUAAAACUAAUUUAGUCGAACGUCGUUCUCGAUACUUUUCAUUUUCGCGAGUGGAAAAAUAAAAACAGUUCAAAGCGCCGAUACGGUGCUAUUUCCUUUAUGCAAAGAAAGAAAGAAAAAAACAAAAAAAGAAGAAGAAGAAGAAGAAGAGAGAAAACAGAAGAACGAAACCUUUCAUUUUCCACCGGCAAUAAACCCACAGCAUAUUAACCUAGUCAUUGUUAAAAAACGCAUCUCUCCUCUGCCUCUGUUUUAUAUAUUUUUUCUUCUCUUCACGGCUUCGAGUAUACGCAUAUUGCAUAGUUCGCCCGACGGAGCUGUCGGCAACGAUGGUGCGUUUAGGAUACGUACGAUGUGGGUGUCGCUCUGUGGGUUGAUACGCCUGCGCAGGUUGAAGCGCGCUCUAUAUAAAGAAGAGAACGCGCUAUGAAACGGUAUUCAUAUUUAAAGAGCCACCUCGAAGGGAUACUGGUACUUUUUCCGAAAUGGGCUCGAGUAAAAGAUGUUUCAUCGGUCUUCUACUUUACAUCUCCGUCGUUAACGUGGUUCAUCUUCCUCUGGUGAAAUGCCAAGACGAGGAAAGCACCCAGUGCGUACCUAAAGAAGUUUUCCUAGUCCUUUUACGUUUGCCAGAAGUCAGUUCGAACUUGGCCGCGUAUUCGAGGAUGGCGGGAGUGACCGAGGGCGCGAGAAGUUGCGACGACACGGCGCAUUUAAAGGCCCUUACCGAAGACAGCGAGGGCGACGCAGAAAUUUGUUUACCUGGCAGAGUUUACCUGGAACUGUUCAAAGAUCCGGGCUUACGCGGUCAUCUCAGCGCGAUAGGAAGAACGCAGAAACCACCGGAUCUACCGGGACGUCUCUUGGACGAUAACGAGGAGAUCAAUACGCGCGAGUUGCAGUCGAAAUCACAGAAAAGAAGCAUCUCGGUGCUAGCUAAGAACGACGAUCUACCCAUCAGUAUUCAGGAUCGUCUCGACGAGAACCAGGAGGAUCAAGACAAGAGAACCUUCGUUUCCAACGAAGAAACCGGACCGAUCGGGGCCGCGGUUCCUCUGGAUUCUUUGGUCACGAACGGGAACGAGGGCUCGGAUCCGGAUGCGUUCCUGUCGGAUUCACCAGCGGAGAAGAGAAACGUCGGCGCCCUGGCUAGAGACUUCGCGUUGCCUCCAGGUAGAAGAAACAUCGCGUCGCUGAUGCGCGACUACGAGCCACGAAACAAGGGAAAUAACAUCGACGACCGUGCAGCUCGUCUCACCGGGAAAAGGAACGUCGCUUCUCUGGCCAGAACUUUCGCGCUACCUCCGAAUGGCAAGAGGAACGUUGCGUCCAUAGCCAGAACUUUCGCGCUACCUCCGAAUGGCAAGAGGAACGUUGCGUCCAUAGCCAGAGACUACGGACUACCCUAUGCCAACAAAAAAAGUAUCGCUAGUCUGAGGAAAAAUAUGGCCUGGCCUACAUUCACGAAGAGGGCAGUCAAAACUCCCGGAUACGUGCUUCUAAGUAUCCUUUCACGUCGUCUGGCCAACAGCAGCUUCAAGAAGCCGAUCGAUUCCAACGAUAUGAGAUUCAAAAGGCGGCACGGUUUCACCGACCAGUACCCGUUCUCUGUAAUACAAGAUACCAAUGCUUUUGAUUACGGCGAAACGAUGGAUCCGCUUACCGGUCAGUACUCGAAUGCCGAGAAGAGGUUUAUGGGAAGAAUUCCACAGAUGGGACCACGUCCAACCACCCCUUCGACGCGUCGCCAAGGACGUUAAGGUCGUUAAAGGACGAUAUUUACAUCGAGAGCGUCGCACAUACAAGCCUCGUAUGGAGAUUGUAGACACGGCUUCGAAAGAUUUCAUCUUACUACCCGCAUCUGACAAUUUUCUUUGUUAGAAACUUCUCAGCUCCAUAAAAUUUCAAAUA